AGUAUCGGAUACAGAUGAUAUUUGGGUUGUUAUGGUAAAAGACUUCAUCAGCAUUUAGAAAUCUUGAAACGUUAUUUAUUUUAAUUCACAAUUAAUCUAAUAGUUUAAUAAUUAUAUUUCUUAUACAAUCGGCUUGCGUUAAAAUGGAUGCCACAAAUAUUUCAUUUCAAGAUCCAAUUUUAAAUGCUAUUUCGGGUAUAAUCAUUUUGGACAAUGACGGGAAUAGGAUUAUCGCCAAAUAUUAUGACAAAAAUUCCUCGUUAAAGGAACAAAAAGCCUUUGAAAAGAAUCUGUUCAGUAAGACUCAUAGAGCGAAUGGUGAGAUUCUCAUGUUAGAUGGCUACACCUGUGUUUACCGGUCAAGUGUUGAUCUAUUUUUCUAUGUUAUCGGAGGUGCUGAUGAAAACGGUCUCCUCCUUAUGAGUCUUCUCAACUGUUUGGUGGAAUCAAUUAGUUCAAUUUUAAGAAAAAAUGUUGAAAAAAGAACGCUGCUCGAGAAUUUAGAUGUUGUUAUAUUGGCUAUUGAUGAAAUUUGUGAUGGUGGAAUCAUGUUGGAAGCAGAUCCAGCUGCUGUUGUUCAAAGAGUUGCCAUAAAACCUGAAGAUAUUCCUCUCGGUGAACAGACUGUUUCACAAAUCCUUCAAUCAGCUAGGGAACAAUUGAAAUGGUCAAUUCUGAGAUGAAUAAUCAUGCCACUUGUUAUGGCAUAUCUUUUCACAGUGGAGGUAAAACUCAGGCAGGUUUUAGACAAGAACCUGUCUUAUUGAAAUUUAAUUGAUUCCGAUUUUUUCACGAUUUGUCCAUUUUACCUUUAAGCUUUUUUGUAAGAAAUGGCAAGUCAAAUUUAACGAUUGUAAGCUAACUUCAAUAUUUCUCCAAAUAAAUAAAAUUUAUUAUAACAUGGU